AUGCGAAUGAUAAAGAAACUGCGGAAAAAGCAAGAACAGGAUCCAGAAGCGGAAGCGGAAACGGAAACCAUGAGCUUGGAUCCUGGCAAUGAUCCACUGAAUCAAUCACAAGAUGCUGGUGACGAUGAUGAUGUGGAUAUGAACGACGCCAUCAACCAUGAUGCGUCUAUUGAUUUGGAUGAGAACACUUCUUUGGAUUGCUAUCCAUACACAUUUACUCCGCUACUCCUCUUUUGUCAGUCUUCCUACUUUGACAAGGGACAUUCCAAUUACAACAGCGUGGCACAAUUCUUUUCGUCAGUACUUCCGGUCGACAUGCUGGAAAACGUCUUGUACGAACGAAAAAAUAUGCUCUAUGAGGAACUGCUGGAACAUGUCUCGACGCAUGAAAUGUUCGUGACCUGCUGCAUCGAUGCUCACUUUACCGCCUUUCAAGUCAUUCAAGAGCACAACAAAAAGGGCAAAUACGCCAUGCUGUAUUACGAUCCUCUCAAACCAAGUCUGACCCGAAUCAGUGGAGAUGGAUUCAAGAAUCUUGCCCUCUAUUUGCUCAUGAAGUGCAACUAUGGGGACUCGCAGCACAUCCAAGAAAACAAAGAUCAUUAUACGGGGAUUGGAGCCACGCAAACCAGGCGGAUCAUUUUUAACAUGUGGAAAAAGAUCAAUCAAAUCAGUUCCCCCAGCUACUUGAAUGCGGUCAAAUUCCUCAAGGCCCCGCUCAAUUUGAAGGAUCAUGUUUUGAUCAACGACGCUACUAAUUGUCGGCUCAUGUCGACCCAACUCACGGGGAAUACCUGCUACUUUCAAACCUUUUUGUUUGCGGUUCUUUGCAAGUUGUGCAAACCAUCCUUGAAUGGACACGAUACCAUUGAUUUGGAAAAUGUUGCCCUGUUGCAGCAUACGACGAUUGAAAUGUGCAAGUUUCUCCUCGAGUUCUUUGUCCAACCAGCAACAACUAUUAAUACUACAACCGCUACGAAUGAUGGAAAUGGUACCACAGGGACACAGGAAGCCACCAUUUUGCGACCACUGACCAACAGCAACUUGCCCUUGGACUUUUAUCGAUUUCAAUCCAGUCCGUAUUAUCAAUUGAUUAUGAAAUAUUUGAAUUCCAAACUGCAAGGCGAAAUACCAGUCUACGAGUUGCAAUACAACACCGUCAUGGAAUACUAUUGGGAGACCAAGAUUUUGCACACCUACUCGAAAUUUGUCUUGGAAGGGGCCAUGACGUCUUCGCCCAAUACCAAAUCGUUGCAGUCCGUCAAUGGAAUCGACGAUGCUGUCCGGAAAUUGGCGCGAGCCGAUUAUUACAAGUACCGGGCGGCCAAUUUCAUGUUUGGAUUCAAUGCCGGCAUCUUGCAAGGAAUGGAAUCCUUUUGCGAAUUCAAUUCGUGGCGGAAGAAUCAACUACUGAGGUAUUAUCCGCAAUUGUCCAAAUUGAUUGGAGAAUGCUCACAGGCACUCUUGGUGCAAGGGAACAAGAAGAUUACCAAGUCGAGCAAGGAUCACAACAAGUAUCGGGAUUAUUACUUUAUGCCACAGUUCGAAAUUGGUCAAAAGGAAUUGGUGGACGUUCACCAUUACACCUAUUUGAUUGACUUGUUUACGCUAGUGGAUGUCGACUCGGCUCUCAAGCAGCGGAUUCAAGCCAUCAACUCGUGCUUGGCGGACCACAUUUACUUUUCCACCCAAAAGACGGCCAACUAUGAAAAACUGAUCUCGACGGAUGACUUUCGGAGGAGCAAGAAAUUCUUCAAGCUCUUUUCGAGUAACUUUCUGUCCUGUGAUUUCAUGUCGGACUUUAUUGGACUGGGGUUUGCGGAAAUCAAUCCAAAGGAAAAGGAAAUCAACUCGUUGACGCAAACUGUCUUUUAUACCUGUGAUUUGGCACGGACGCAGGCAAAUCGACAGUCGUUUGAGUUUGAAAAGGAAUGUAUCAACCAAAUGGCACGGUCCAACUAUCGACGCUACAUCCGAAGAGUGGACAAUGCCUGCAGCAUCAACCAAAAGUACAAGGUGAAUCUCAAGAUUGGAAUGGGAUUCACCUACUCGAAAUACAACACCCUAUUCCAUUUUUUGAAUGUGGCUCAAGAGUACUGGAAUAAUCCGGACCUGAGCAAUAUUCAAGUCUUUGGCAAGGAUACUCGUGUGCUACUUGCGGUCAGCUGUCAGAAGAUUUUCUUCCAGAAAGGUCACUGCGGAUCCUACCAUUAUGGAAUUCUGGAAAGUAGCUCGGCAUAUGGCCAGUCGAACGAUUUGGCUGUCUCCAUGAAUACCGGAGAACUGCUACCAACGAUUAGUAAGGACAAGAGGAGCAAUAUGAACCAACUUGUACUCACGGACAGAAUCUUUGAGUUCAACUACCUGAAAGAGAUUGUUGAAGGCAUUUUUGCGAGAGUUGACGGUGUGCGACUCAAAACCGACAAUGAAGUUGUCAACUUGUGUCUUCUAUCACUGAUGCUGGACUUUGGACUUUAUGAUAAGUACGUCAAGCUAUUGAACCUGCCGCUGCUACAGUCACUGCAACAUUCAUCGGACACGAAAGAGCUUCAAGUCGAAGUUGCGAAUCUGAUUUAUGAAUUUGACAAGAAGAACACCAACGAUCAUGUCACACGAAGUCGAGUAGAAGAGCUGAUAUUUGAGAUAUCGUACAAGUUCUUGGUGAACAAAAAUUUCUCGGUGCAGUCGAGGCAGUUCAAGCUGAUUCGGUUAUUGAACUCGGACCCAGAUUACCAGAGUUAUGUACUUUUGGUGAAGAUCUACAUGUCACUGUGUCAAAUCAAUCGGAGUAGUGAAGUGGAUUACUAUAAGGUGCACUGCGAUGGGGAAUUCCGAAUCAUCAUCCCACAAAACUUCAGCAAGGACACUAGUGACUAUUUGGACGAAGUCACCCAGCACUACACCUUUUCGGAAAAGGACGAACAUAUGAUGUACGACGACCUACCAGUCUUUGAUCUUCGACCACAACAACCAGAGAUAAACUUAUUUCGAGUUCGAUUUGACUCCUCGAUGGAAUUGCAAUCAAUGGUCAAGUACCUUGAAAUGUCAAAUGUUUUCCAAGUGAUCGGGGAGAAGGAGAAGUUUCUCAUGUUUGUUGCGGAUAAUGUUUUGCUCAUCGAGAAUUCCGAUGGUAUGACCAUAUCGAUCAACAAGAUUCGGGUUGAAAUUGCUACGGUGUUCUUCAACGAAGCAAUAUCAUUCAUUCCUUGCUUCAAGUAUGCGGAAAGCGAAGAUGUGGUGAUAUUCACGUCCCCCAAUAUCCAUUAUAAUGUCUCACAAGCAGGCCAAUUCUGCACUGACUAUUACGGCAUGAAGCAUGAUUUGGUGGAUUGUAUUUCCUCGGAAGAAAUUUAUGUGGAUCUGAACGAUGAACAUGUUUUCAAGAGCUUCAAGUUGACAGAGCUACUGACAGAAUCGAAAACUGUCAUCUAUUUCCCAGACUAUCUCCUUCAAGUCACCGACCGACAGCAUUUGAUCAAUCUGCUUGAUGUCGCUGUGAAGAUCCGAAACAUAUCAUUCUUCAUCCUUGUGUUAUUGUAUCUCCGUCGCAGCUCUGUUUUGCUCGAAUACAUCGAGAAAGAAGGCGAUGUAGUGAAGAUUGUUGGCCCCUGGAAGGAGGCAAUUCUGUAUGUCCUGAACCGUGCAGAAUCGAACACACAUUACGAUGAUAUUUUCAAGCGACAGUUCUUUGACUUGAACCAAUACCAAAAUGCAACACUGGAUGAUUUUAUUGAUCGCUUAUGCGAAAACUUCACCAAAUACCAGCGUUUCAUUGAUGGCGAGUAUCAGAUUGUUCCUCGCCCAAAGCAAAAGACAUUCCUGAAGAAAAUUAUCAAGGCUGAGAAGCCAUUGACAUUCUCAGAAGUAGGAUCAGGCAAGACGAAGGUGAUCCUUCCACUUUUGUGCCAAACAUUCUUGUCCAACAAUUUGGAGGCACACAAGUACUUCGCACGAGGGGGAAAGAACAAACACAUUCUGGUCAUUCUUGUUCCAGAGCAUCUUGUAUCUGAUGCCCGUACACAAGUAUACCGAUACUGCCUGAACCUAAAUUUCCGUCAGAAUUAUAGAGUCUACGAUGACAUCUUUGCGCUGAUGCACCGUAACGUCAAGGUUGAUGGUGCUAUGAAACAAAUCUUUGUUGCUUCCUUCAACUCCUUCAAGAAAGCUCUAACGUACGAUGUGAUUUGCCAAAAGGUUUGGUCUGUAAGAGAGCAUAUCCUUGUGGUAGCCGAUGAGGUGGAUGAUUUCCUUGACAGAAACAAGCUAGUAUUCAACAUUUGUUCGAACAAGAACAACACGUUCGAUAGGCCAACCCUUGACCUUUUCUACGAAAUAUCCAAAGCUGCAUAUCGAAAGUCGAGCUUGCCAAACUUAUCCGAUUCGUCAAAUCCAGAUUACUGGGGACACUUGCAUCGAAAAUUUGUCGCAAUACAUACUGAGAUUCAAGACGCAAGUCGGUCGAUCAAUAAAAGCUUUGGUAUCUUCAACGAGUACACGCUUCGGCACUGCGCAACGAAUAUUGUCCAUGACAUUGAAGGGUACAAAGGACUCAUUGCUCGCCCAUACGAAUCCGUCAACCGGGCCAUGCCUGGCUCCUACUACAGUGAUGUAGAGCGCACGAUAUUCUUGACCUACGUCAUUUUGACCGAAGAUGUCGCGAAGUAUGAUGAGCUUUUCCAAGGUGAAAGAAAGUUCAUCAGCUUUGAGUACUGGAACGCGCAUUUUGUUCACCAGCUUGACUUUGAUGAUCUUGUUUACGGGCACGAGAAGCUCUCGGAAAUUGUGGAAAAGCAUCCCGACACAAAAGAUGGCCUUACUCGAUACUUGUAUGAGAUUAUAUUGAGGCGAAUGGAAAUUCGCGAUCGUUCUCGUUCUGUUAAUUCGAUUGACAUAAUCUUCAACUUUGAUUGCAUCGGUUUCACAGGGACGCCAUUCUUGGACAAUUACCCUACCUUUGACUACAUUCGAAAAGGAAGGCAGGAUGACAUCCCUGAUUUGAUCGAUAGAAGUUUUUAUGCAUACACUUCUGAUGGGCUGACUGUUGAUGAAUUCGAAGAACGCUUCGCUCUUUUCCAAGGUCAGAACAGCAAUGUUUUAGUUGAAUACAAAUCAUCUGACUUCAUUCGGGAGUCCACAAGUGAGAUGGAGAUGCUGGAUUCAAUAUUCAGCCGAGAGGAAGCAUCUGGUGGAGUUCAGGCUAAUGCAUUGGUGGAUCUCUGUGGCAUCUUCAAACGAUCGACCAUUCAUGACGUUCGCAACCUCAUCUUGAAACAUUUUGGACCCGAUCGUUUCAAAUACAUCUACCAUAUUGACCCUGCUGAUAAUCGAGAUCGUGUGUUGUAUAUACAAUCUGAAAAUGAUGCGCAGUUUGACGAAGAGUUCUACAAUCACAUGUGCAACACCUAUGAUGCAGAAUUACGAGACAAGAUAUUUUUCUUUGUUGACAACAGGAAUGUGAUCGGGAAAGAUAUUCCCUUCCAACUUGUCUACCAGCGGCAUUAUGGCCAACCACUGUUCACGAAGAGUGUGGUGAUUGCGCACGAUGUGGACGAUUUCAGCAAGAUCUGGCAAGCAAUGGGAAGAUCUCGAACAAUGAAUGACACGAUUUUCAGCAUCUACAAAAGUGGUGUGCCAAAGGAAAUGGUGCAGCAUGCCGGUACAGUACAUGAUAUCAAAAAACAAGAACUUACGAGACAUCUCUAUGUUCACAACUGUGACUGCAAGAUAGCAGGGAACAUUUCCUCUAUCUACUUGACAUUGAUCGCGCUCUACAAUCUGUCGAACAAGUCAUUCUAUUAUCGUGAUGAAAUUGUAAAUGUUUUCUUGGAGAAGAUGGAGUCGACGAUAUCCAAGAAUCUAUCGGACCACGAACAAAAGCUGCUGAACAAUGUUCUCGGCAACUCUGUCCCAAGGCAAAUAUUCUUGCACAUUCUGGUUGACAAAUUCGAGAGGAGUCCUAACAAGGUCGUUAGCGGUGAGCGGCUAUCAGAGAAUCGAGUAACUGAGUUGUUGAAACAUAUUGUCCAACAAAAAUUCGAGCAGCGUGUUCCAUCUGGUGACAUCCUUGAUGAUUACAUUAUAUUUCUAUCAGGGGAGCAGCACAGUCUCAUGGAAAUCAGUUAUACAAAACAGCAACAGAAGCAGAAGCAAAAACAGCAAAACAAGAAUCAAGAUAGUGAUGCAAUGGGCGUCUUCGACAAACGCAACCAACUCCACCUACAAUGGUCAGUUGAUAACUACUUUGACUAUACACGAUCAGCUCAGGACGACAAGGCAAAAAUACUUCUGAACCUCCCAAGUGCGGUUCCAAUCGCGACAAUUGCAUACGAGCUUGCAGGGAUGGAGCACACCAUCCGUAUAUACCCAACACUGCAGUUCAUGUAUUCUCAUUUUAUCGCAGGAGCUUACAUUACACCUGCUGUUCAAGAGGCUUUCAAAAAAUUCGAUGGCGACGAGAGCAAGUACUACAGUCGAUUUUGGAGCACAGUGGAAGCAGAUGCAUCAGACGAUUGGAAUCCGCAACAAGGAAGAACACUGGAACCCCGAAUCAUGAUCAAGGAGAACUACAUUCGACAGAGUCCUCAGUAUACGAUUGCAGGCUUGUCAAAGGGCGUGUAUGUGAUUGGAAUGAAGGAGCAGUUCAACAACUUUGAUGUUCUGAACUACCCCUUGAAGGAUACGAUUCAAUAUGUAGCGGACGAUAUGGGUUUUAUCCUGUUUGAUCGAACCACGGAAAAGAGUGUGGAUACAUUUGGCCCAUAUUUUUUGGAACAUUACAUUUUAAUGGAGGUGUUGUCGAAGCAUGAAGUCAGUCAAAAUGUGAUUGACUACUAUUGUAACCAUAAGGAUUUACUACAGAAGGCGUUGGGUUCCUAUGAUGAGCGGCAAGGAAAGGGAUUUAUUUGCUGGAGAUUCCUAAUCAAUGAAACGGCAAAAGCUGCAGCUGUGCAGCUGGAGUCGAUGGAGCGCUGA